GGCGCGCUGCUCCGACUUCUCUUAUCGACACCAGGGGCACUUGCCUCGAAGUGACGUCACGACUGUGGUGCGGCAGCCAUAUUUUUUGUUGUCGUCGAGAGGCACCCAGCUGCCGGCGGUGUGUAUGUGUGCGCGUGCAUGUGCGUGUGUUUCCCCGUGAACCUGGAAGCUUGCACUGUUAGGCGAAACAGGGACCGAUCCGCUGCAAGAUGAACUGCAGCAAAGAGGCACUGUUAGACGAGCUCACCGAUUUCGCGAGCCAAAAGCCCGCUGAAAUUCCAUCGGUCCUCGACGAAUACCUGUGCCACAUCGCGAAGACUGGCGACACUCUGUUCUCGUGGCACAAGCUGAAGCCGCUGCUAUGUCGAAAGCUGGAGCUCGUCAUGAACGAAUUCCACAAGGUUUCGCCGACAGACGACUUACCCGCCUUACCUAACGUGGAGGCGUUCAAGUACGAGGAAAUGAAGGAAAAAGUAUUGGAGGCUGUCAAUUGCUUCAACAGUGCGCCAUUCACCAUCCAGCGGUUGUGCGAGCUUGUGGUUGACCCUAGGAAGCACUACAAGCGCACGGACAAGUUUAUGCGAGGCCUUGAGAAGAACGUCCUGGUUGUGAGCACCAUUGAACCAAGGUCUCUUGUUGCACUGCAGCAAGCUAACGCCGCCGCAAUGCCCAUGGUCAACGGUAUUCCCGGAGCGGAAGAUGGCGGAAUCAACGGCCAUUUCGCCGACACCACAGAGGACUCACUUAAUCGCCUCGACGGUGAAAAUGGUCAUUGUGAGGAUGAGGGCAUCUGUGCCGACGACCCAGGUACCAACGUCGAGGUCCCUUCUUCCGCUGCUGAUGACGCAAGCUUGGGUGAAGCGCCUCAGCCGGUCACAGAAGAAGUUGUCGAAGAGCAAGAAGUUGAGGCAUCGGCUGUUACUGAGCAGACCACCACGGAGUUGUCGUCCAAGUGCGAAAAGGAAGAAGAGGCCGAACCUUCAGCGCCAGGGGAACAGGAGGCCGAAAUUGAGAAAGAAGAGCAGCCGCCAGCUGUGGAAGAAGCUGCGGAAGAAGUUGCAGCGGAAACACCGACAGAAAGCAGCGAGUGCGUGCCGCCCUCAAACGACGAGGAAAGUGUGACACAAGCGGAAGAAAAACCUGAGAAGGAAACUCCCGCAGAAGAAAGUGUCGUUGACAAAGACGUGACUGAGGAGGUUGCCGAAGCGUCGAGUGAAAGUGGUGCGGAAGACGUAUCUGGCACUCUGGAGGAGCCAUCAUCUGAACCCGCAGCAGAAGAGCCAUCCGUGCCAGCAGAGGAGCACUCUGAAGCCGACGCUUUGCCGCUUGACGCUUCCGAGCCAAAACCAACAGAAACUUCAAAUGAAGCUGAGGAAGCCUCGGUGGAAGCGGACUGCUGCGAUUCGAGCAUUUCCGAAAUGCCGGAAAAUGAAGAACUGAAGGAGCCCCCGCGGAAGAAGUUUCACCCUGAACCCGAAACACGCACCGAAGACCAAGAAAUAGAAGAGCAGGAACAGCCAUCUUCAACGUCGGUGUCAAUGGAUGAUACCGUUGAGGAGGAAGCUAUGGAAAGUUCAAAGCUCGAUGGGUCACCAGUGGAAGACGGCCAGGCGGAGGCCAUGGACACGACGGCCGACAGUUCUGCCCAGAAGGACUCUCCAAUCGAGGAGGAGCUGGCCGCAAGUCCCGACGAGUCCGCUAUGGAUCAGGACUGAACCUGCUGUUGACAGUGCCGGCUACUGUGCUUACCCCACCCCUAUCUCACUGUGUACUUCAGCCAUUGCUCCACCCCCUCCCAACAAUUCAAAGACGUGAAUUGAUCUCGAUUUUUCAUAGAACUUCAAGAAAAGAAAAGAUGUUGUGCAUGAUCGUUUUUUUCUGUCCUUAUUCUUUUUGGUCCUGCUUCACAACAAGAUUUCUCACUUCUUUCAUCCAGAAAUGAGCAACAAAGCCUUGUGCAGCUAAGUUUGUAACUAAAACAGCAUUAACUGUGAAAAAACAUCGACACCAGAGGCACAGGGGUGGUCAAAAGUUUGCAGGCCACUCUGCCAUAGGAUUACAUGGGAUGGCGGCCUGUGAACUUUUGACCACCCAUAUGCUUUGCAAAUGGUACCAAAUCCAUUGGCAGUAGUCUCUAGCCAGUAUUGUUGUGUGGUAUUUGUCCCCACUCAAUAUUCUAAAGUCAUAUUUAACUGUCCUGCAGGAAUGCACUUGAACAACUUCACUACCUUGUAAAACGCGCAGGUAAUGUGUCAGCAGCAUGUAUGUGUGGUAAGGUUUGCAAAGAUGGCAGGGUUGCACCAAUACAUCCUUUCGUCAAAAUGUCAACGACAAAGGAUAUUGGCAACUAUGCAUUAGGUAAACGCACAUUAACGCGCUUCGUGUAAAUUUCGAUUGCCAUCACCCCACUUUGGGUGGCACAAUGGUCGGAGUUAUUGUCCGCACCCACGUGUGAUUGUGCGUCAAUCAAUUGAUGGCUUUAAUGCUGCAAUAAGUUAAUUUGAACACUGGCAGUGACCCCCAAAUGCAUUUCAAACAAUUGCCGCAUCACAUAAGGCAGUUCAAAGUAUAACCAUGCUUCCCUAAAGUCUUGAAAUUUGUUCGGACUCCAAGCUAUUACAAGCUCCGGACUCGAAGCACAACUAUGGGCAGUCCAACGGGCCCGCGACGCAGCAGAGAGACUUGGUCUUUCUGUUCCGACGUGGGAGCGGCCCGCAACGUGCUAGGGCGCGUUCCGAGGGACCGAAAUAAAGUUUAUUCAUCCAUCCAUCCAUCCAAGAGGGUAUGAAAGUUGUCGUGCCACGUGUAUCCGAAGGUCUGCUUUAUGUGUGGCCUCUUACUUGUUUUGCUGUUGCCCGGUGUAUGUAGAUUAACGUCGAGAUUCAUCAGGUCAGAAAGUUUGCUUCUGUUAUGCAGCAUGUCUGGCUGCUAUGGCUGCUACUUUGUCGAUUCUGUCCAGCUUAAGUUAUCGCCUGUACUUCCGUUUCUGGGGGAUUAAAAAAAAAAUGUGCAUAUUUGUUGUAACAGGCGCUGUGUAGAGUACUUGUUUCAUUAGCACAAGGCAGCAGUGCAUUGGGACUGCAUCUGCUCACGAGUGUAUGCAACGAGCAGCUCAUCUUCAUUUUCAAAUAAA